AUGAAAAGGAAUACCAAAACUGGCGCAAGGCAGCCCGUCGUGGAUGUCCAAAUUUCCCCUGGCCUCGCAUUGCCUCACUUCAAGCCGUCCAAGGACUCUAACAGCCUCCCAAGAAUAACCUGUCAGACUCUGAUCGAGACUCUGAAUGACAGAUAUAGCGACAGUCUCCGGAAAUCAAUGGUCAUUGAUUGCCGAUCUGAGUAUGAAUACGACGGCGGUCACAUCCCUAGUGCUGUGAACUUUUAUGAGAAGGAGCAGCUUCUACAGUUCUUGUUCAAGUCCGCAGAGUCACAGGACUCCGGCGGUGACCAGGACUUGAGUAGGCGAGGAAGGUUCUGUAAUCUGAGAAAGAAGAAGUGUGCCUUGACCUAUAUGACCCUGAAAUGA